GGAAGAAGUGCUACUGUUUUUUCCCCUCUGCGUGGAGCAAGAGAAGCGUAUAUAAGCAGGGUUUGGAUGGAGAUGCUAGAAACCAUCCUUCUGUCAAAAUGUCGUCUGCCAGCUUGCCCGUCCUCGGUUUCUGUCUGCUGGUGCUGUUCCUGAAUAUUCCAUCCAGCCAAGCAGCAGUUAGCCCAGUACCCUCCUGUUGUCUGAAAACUCACGACACCAAAGUUCCCCUGAAGAGGCUGGUGGAGUACCACAAGCAGGACGCGGUGUGUGGGGUGAAGGCAGUUCAGAUCAGGACUGAUAGGGGCCAUACCAUCUGCUCGGAUCCAUCGAGCCAAUGGGCACAGAGGGCCAUGCGGUACCUGGAUGGCAAGAAAGCGACCAAAGCAGCGAUGAUAUUCCCAGCCACCAGAACAUCCUCCACUUAAGCCCACAGCAUAACCUUUGACCCAUGACUUGUCUAGCAGCAGCUUUAUAUUGAUAUUAUUAUUAUUAUUAUUAUUAUUAUUAUUAAUAAAAUUAACUGGCACAUAUAUAAAGAUUAUGGUUUGACUAAAGAUAAUGGAUAAAUGGAUGGAUGGAUGGACUAAUUUUUCAUUUACGUGAUUGCACAGUGCACAUAAUUACACCUGGAGGUUGUAUUUAUGUCAAAGCUAUAUAUGUAUAUAAGCUAUGUUUAUUUAUUUAAUAAAAUGGUUAUUAUGAAA